ACAAUGUAACUGGUUCUCCUUGGGGUGACAGUGAAGGCUGAGAGGUGGCAGGAGUUCCAUUUCAGAGGCAUUUUCCCGUCACACAAAAGAACUCCCAGAGUAAGAGCAAAAAGCGCCUCACAAACUGCAGCCAUGAACGGGACAGAAGGCCAAGACUUCUACGUGCCCAUGUCCAACAAGACCGGGGUGGUGCGGAGCCCCUUUGAGUACCCCCAGUACUACCUGGCUGAGCCUUGGAAGUUCUCGGCUCUGGCUGCCUACAUGUUCAUGUUGAUUCUGCUCGGCUUCCCCAUCAACUUCCUCACGCUGUACGUCACCAUCCAGCACAAGAAGCUCCGGACCCCUCUGAACUACAUCCUUCUGAACCUGGCCGUCGCCGACCUCUUCAUGGUAUUCGGGGGCUUCACGACCACCAUGUACACCUCCAUGAACGGGUACUUUGUCUUUGGAGUAACAGGGUGCUACAUCGAAGGCUUCUUUGCCACACUGGGCGGUGAAAUUGCUCUCUGGUCACUGGUGGUCCUGGCUAUUGAAAGAUACGUGGUGGUCUGCAAGCCCAUGAGCAACUUCCGCUUCGGAGAGAACCAUGCCAUCAUGGGUGUUGCCUUCUCCUGGAUCAUGGCCUUGGCAUGUGCAGCUCCCCCACUUUUCGGCUGGUCCAGGUACAUCCCCGAGGGCAUGCAGUGCUCGUGCGGGAUCGACUAUUACACUCUGAAGCCAGAGGUCAACAAUGAAUCUUUUGUCAUCUACAUGUUUGUGGUUCACUUCAUGAUCCCGCUGAUGAUCAUUUUCUUCUGCUAUGGGAACCUGGUUUGCACCGUCAAAGAGGCUGCCGCCCAGCAGCAGGAGUCUGCCACCACCCAGAAGGCAGAGAAAGAAGUGACACGCAUGGUCAUCAUCAUGGUCAUCUCCUUCCUGAUCUGCUGGGUGCCCUAUGCCAGCGUUGCGUUCUACAUCUUCACCAACCAGGGAUCAGACUUCGGGCCCAUCUUCAUGACCAUCCCGGCAUUCUUUGCCAAGAGCUCGGCCAUCUACAACCCUGUGAUCUACAUCGUCAUGAACAAGCAGUUCCGUAACUGCAUGAUCACAACCCUGUGCUGUGGCAAGAACCCACUGGGUGACGACGACACAUCUGCUGGCAAGACAGAGACCUCCUCCGUCUCCACCAGCCAGGUCUCCCCUGCAUAGGCCUCACGGGAGCAGCCAGUCCCUGGGGUGCUGCCCUGGCAGCACAAACUUAACCCCACCGCUGCCACCACCUGUCCCUGCUUCACCAUGGCCAAGGCCCUGUGGGGUGGGCUCCUCGCUCUUGGCUCUAGGAACCCUGGGAACAAGGCUGAAAAUGUGUACACACGUUUUGUAAUUAAAAUGCAAAGGCUUAGCUCCUCUGGCAUAAAUCCAUGCAUUUCUGUUGACUUGCUGAGACCUCAUGCCCCUUCUCUGAGUGCAGGCUGAGUCGGAGAGCUCAUGCCUGGGGCCAUGGCAGAGCUGUCCUUGCCUCCCUCAACCCACCCUACCACCCCAGCCAGAGCACGUUCUGCAUCUGCUGCUGCCAGCCCCGAGCUGUGGCCACUUUCUGGCCCUUUUGUCAGAGGUUGAUCCUAGCCAGUGCUGCCAGUUGCUCAGCCCCAUCACACUCUGUCUGCCCAGAGCACGUCUGGCUGCUGCAAAGUGCCCCGGUUCUGCCAGAUGCUCCCAGCUCUGGCUCUGUCCCAUCUGCCAGGAGUCCUGGGGGACACCGUGAUUCCUCCAGGGGGAUGCGACAGGGUCGCAUAGCGGUGACAGCGGUGCCCGGGUCCUGCCUGGCAGGCAGGUGGCACAGAGGAGGGCCCUGCCAGCACGGCCCCGCUGUGUGCGGCCGCAGCUCUCCGGGACAGCUCGGUGCUGUCUCCAGCACCGGUGCAGCAGCACACGGAUGGUGUUUGCACCCUCAGCAGCAGCAGCUCUGCUCCAUGUCCCCCAGCACCCCUUCCCCGCAGUUCCACCUCUCUUCCUUAGACAUCUUUGUACCCCUAGGGCCAAGCCCCCAGCGAGCUUGCCCGUGCCCCUCCCCAUUUGGGCUGUGGUCAGUGUGGCCUGGUCCACCAGGAGGAUUUGGGCGGCUCUGGUGCUGCUGAGGCCUGCCGGGCCAGGGCUGAUCUCCCUGCACGCCGCAGCAGGCAGGACCCAGCAGCAUAUGGCUCAGCCACGCCGACAUAUGUUUGAAGCACUACAAGAUGGCAUAUUGCAAUUGUAGCGGUGUUCUUCAUUUUUAUUUUUAGUUCAGUUAUACAAAUAAGAUGUUUUUCUCACUGUUCAGUGUUAUCAACAUUUGAAACUAUUUUUGUACAUUAUUAUCCUCUCUGAUUUCUAAUCCUAUGCAGCUUUGCAAGGACUAAUAGGGAAUGUAUGGAGCCCAUGCGAGCUAAACCCUUAAUAAAGAGCAAUUUGCAAGUA